GCCACACAACAAGGAAAAUGUUUGCCCUAAGGACAGUUGGCCAGUUUUCCCGCGUUACAUCCCUCACCCGCCACAUCACAUCGAACGCCGUCCGGCAUGCGGAAGCAGCAGUUGCAUCGGCCGGAUCGGCAAAGCUCUCGAUACCGGUGCCGGAAGGGACGGAAAAGCCGGCUGACCCGAAGCUAGUGUCCAUCGUCGACAGUAUCGCUCAGCUAAAUCUGUUAGAAGUGUCCGAGCUGAGUACGUUGUUGAAGCGAAAGCUAAACCUGCCCGAUACGGCCAUGAUGCCGGCCGGAUUUGGUGCAUUUGCUGCCGGAGCUGGUGCUGCACCGGCUACAGCGGACGAAGAGGAAGCUGCACCGAAGGUGGUCAAAACGACGUUCAAGGUGAAGCUGGUCAAGUUUGACGAGAAGCAGAAGGUGGCGCUCAUUAAGGAGGUGAAGAAUCUGCUCGAGGGCAUGAAUCUGGUGCAGGCGAAGAAGUUUGUCGAAAGUGCGCCGACCGUCGUGAAGGAGGAUAUUCCGAAGGAUGAGGCCGAAAAGCUGAAGGAAGCGUUUACCAAGGUGGGAGCGGUGAUUGAAAUCGAAUGAAGAGGGGGCGAUGUUGGGCGUUUGUACAAUUAGCAUUUAAGCCGGUUUAGUAGAUGUAGGAUAAAAUAAACGAACCAUCCACA